AUGGGCAUGGAGGAAGAGGAACUGUCAAAAAGGUGGGAGAGAUUACAUCUGUCUCAGGAGGAAAUUCAUGUGUUUCAAGUGCAUACUAAAGGGGCGUUAGAUGGUUUCUCUCGUUGGAAGUGUUGUAUUGUAGGGAGCAUUUUGGCGGAUAAGGGAAUAAGUAGUGAAGCCUUUCGCAUGACUAUGUCUCAAGUGUGGCGUUUAGAGGGUUGGGUGCAAUUCAAGGAUCUCGGUAACCAUAGGUUCUUGAUUCAAUUCCAAUAUGAAUCUGAUAAGGAGAAAGUUCUUAGGGGUAGACUGUGGUUUUUUGAUAGAAAUAUUCUAUCCCUUCAAGAAGUGGAUGAGAAGUUGCCUUUGAGUGCAGUCAAGUUUAACGUUGAACCGUUUUGGGUACAGUUGCAUGGCCUUCCUCUUGCUGCUAUGACUGAGGAGGUUGGAAUCCAUUUUGGUGCUUCAAUAGGAGAAGUGAUUUGA